AUGGAUUUUAUUGAUAAAUUCGGUCUGCAGCGCAGACCAGACUCGGACGACACGUUCGGCCUCUGCGACGGCCAGCAGCUGCUCUUCGUCAGCUCCAGCUGGUCUUUCGUCACCAUGGCCAAGCUCUUCUGGCGCUACGGCUACGACGUCAUCAAGCUGCAGCGGCUGGUGUCCGCCAUGCUGCUCAAGUUCAGCAGUAUUUACAACCUGCUGGACUCGGGCGCGGCUUACGACACCGUGGAAGACCUCAUAAUGGCCAUGGACCCCAGUCUGAUCAAGCUGAUGGGCCUUCCACUCUCACAGUACCUCAAGCUGAGCGGCUUGCAGCCCGGCUUUGUGGACGAGAUGGUGACGGCCGCCACGCUAACCAACUACGGACAGAGGCCUGAUAUUCACGCCUUCGUCGGAAUGGUGGCGCUGGCGGGUGCGGGAAACGAGCUAACUGCAGUUAUGGGCGGCAACUACCAGGUGGCGGUGAAAGCGGUCGAGGAGUCGGGCGCCACAGUACGCAAAGAGCGCGUUGAAAAAAUCAAAUUCACUGGCGACGCGUACCUGGUGACGUCAGCAGACGGCGGCGGCGCGCCGCAGACGCAGGUGUUCGACAUCGUGAUAGUGGCGGCGCCGCAGACGGCCGACCACGCUCCGAUCGUGUGGGAGGGCCUGCCGGCGCCGCUCCACUUCCCCGGGCGCUACCACAACCUGAGCGUCACGUUCGUGGACGGAGAGCUGCGGCCGGGAGCGCUCGCGGCCUCCUCCCUCCCGGAGGACAUACUCUGCUCGGCUGGCUGCGCCGAGUUCAACUCCAUCGGCCGCGUGCGGCCGGUGAGCGGGGCGCAGGCGCCGCACGCCGUCCACAAGGUCUUCUCCAACGCGCCGCUCAGCGCCCCGCAGCUGGACGCCCUGUUCGCCGCCAGGCGGCGCGAGCGACGGCUGUCGUGGCUCGCCUACCCGAGCUACGGCGUCGGCGCGCCGCUGGGCAACUUCACGCUGCGGGACAACCUGUACUACCUGAACAGCGUGGAGGCGGCAGCCUCGGCCAUGGAGAUGUCCGUGGUCGCGGCGCGGAACGUGGCCAACAUGGCCUACGCGCGCUGGUACAACCGGCCGCCGCCCGACAUGCGAAGGUUCGAGCACACUGAGCUGUGAGCACUGCCUAGUGGAGCGGGGACCUGGACCGACCGGCGAUGGCGCCUGCGAGCGCUGAAGGGCCUGCUGGUCCGCGACAGGCUGAAGUAUCUGUCUAUGGGCGGUGAUCGAUUGUCAACUUGGUAUGAGGUGCUGCCUGAUGAUGGUGUUGCCUGCCGUUUAUGAUGAUGAUACCUCAUGGUGGUGAAGAUGUCAGAGGACCGGCGAGAUAUGCUGCCUGAUAUGAUUGACGCCGCUGUCUGAGGAUGAUGGUUGAUGAUGAUGAAGGGGUCUGCGGACUGGUCUCCUGUGGAUGCCCAGGCGAAGUCAGUGCCUGCGCUCUUGUCUGGUUUUGUAGUGACGCCUGUGAUGAAAAGCGCCUCCUCCGGAGGGCCAGUGCGCAGCCUUCGAAGAGAAGCGGUGCAGCUGACGCCUGCGUGCCGCCCCCCCCCCCCCCCGACCAUCGAUUGUCCCGCCAGCACCUGCCCGUGGGGAGGGGGCAGCCAGUUAAGUCCGCGGGAGUGGUCCGCGUCUGCCUCGUGCGGUUUGGUCCGUGGGUGUGCAGGCUCCCUGCCCGGAGGAGGGGCUGCAAGCCAACGGGGCGGGCUUCGCGACGAAGGUGUGGACGGUCCGGGUUUGAACGAUUCCGUCGACCAAACGUGCUGCCAUUCGCGGCAGAUGAGUCGUAACUAACGGGCUCGAGAGUGGCGAGUCGUGACCAGGCUGUACCACUGUGGGGAUCAGCGGCGGUAUGUGCGUAAGGCAGCUCAGCUGGCGCCGUGGUUGACGUCACCUUUAUUCGGUGGCUGUGGCGGAGGGCGCGUGAUGAUCACUCUGAUCAUUCCUGGGAGGUUCCUAUGCGGAGAAGCCUGGGACAGACCCGUAGAAUUUGGAUGGGGGUUCGUUUUUGUUAGGGUUUGGCAAAUGGACGACAAUGGACCUCGGCGUCGAAUUUCAGCGAAGCCUGUCGGGUAUGUUCAUUACUGCACAUACUGUACCCGGGAUGAACAACGAUAUUCAAGGUGCUCAAAGGAAACGAGGGGAUAGAAAUGCCGGGAUUUGGCGGUAGCUUUAUUGGUUGGCGUCCACGUCAUUGCGGUGCCAUGCGCCCCCCCCCCCCCCGCCAGUGCAUUCCGCCAGAUCAGUCCGGACAUUACUGAGCACUUAUCGCCAUGUCAGCUCUUGAUGUUUGUUGACGUUUAGUCAUCGUCAAAUGCAGUG